UCCGAGAAAGGUGUUCUCCGUUCUCUGUUUCCCUGUCUUUUUAGCUUGUUUCUUUAGGUAUAAGGUGUUGGCGGAAUUCGAUCAGUGUAGUUUCCAUCGACAUAACAAAACCCAGUUAAUGGGUUGCAGGUUUUGCAAUUGCAGAUAUCUGAUGGAGUUUGUACGGACGCGUGGGUUUUAUUGGGGAACCUGCCGUGUCUCUGGUUGCGUUUCUUGGCUGUCAGCAAUGGGUGAUUUUCUUUAAGCAAUAGUGGGAGAUUGCUGUUUAGUGGAACCAGAAUCGUUGAAGUGGUGGUUUUCUGGUUUUGCUUUCGGUUACGGCAAGAGAUAAUAUGAGGUUAAGAAAGCCCGUUUUGUUCUUGCUGGUCGUUACUGUUUUUGCUCCUAUUGUUCUCUACACCGAUAGACUUGCAAGCUUCAGGAAUCUGUCCUCUUUAAAUGGAUUCACUGAAGAUGUUUCUGCUCUAUCUCUUGGUGGCGAGAUAAGGAAAUUGAAUCUGCUUCCGCAGGAAUCAUCGAUUAACUUGCAAGAACCGAUUGGCAUCGUUUAUUCGGUUAAUGCCAGCACUUCUGUUUCGAAUUCUGAUGGAUCCAGGGCAAAGCCUUCCGACCCAACUGUAGAAUCCUCAAGAGGGUCGCAAGUGGUUCAUUCGGGGGAGCAUCAGACCAUCAGACAGGUGACUGUUGGACUUCAAGAUGGAAAGGAGAACGGCAGCUUGCAGAAUCCUGAAAUGGCUGGGGGAAAGGAAAGAAGAGAAGAAAUUGAGGUUAAAUUCACUAUAUCUCGGCAGAUGCCCGAUAAUUUCUCUGAAAAAAUGGGAUAUAAAACUGAGCAGAAUUCUGGUAAAGCUUCCAGCAAAGUUGAUAUAGAAGAAAAUAUAAGGACCAAUACUGUGGGACAAAGUAACCAGGCAGUUAUGCUAGAUGCUCGAGUUCGGCAUCUUAAAGAUCAACUGAUUAGGGCGAAGGUGUACCUUGAACUGAGUGCCACCCAAAACAACCACCAUUUCAGAAAGGAGCUCCAGUUACGGAUGAAAGAAAUUCGUCGAGUACUUGGUGUUGCAUCCAAGGAUUCUGAAUUACGUAGAAAUGCCUAUGGCAAGUUGAAGGCAAUGGAACAAACAUUAGCUAGAGGGAAGCAAAUUCAAGAUGACUCUGCUGCAGUAAUAAAGAAACUACGUGCUAUACUGUACUCGACAGAAGAGCAGCUCAAAGCAUACAAGAAGCAGACCAUGUUCCUGACACAGCUUGCUGCAAAGACACUCCCUAAAGGUCUUCACUGUCUUCCACUUCUCCUUUCAACUGAGUACUAUUCCUUGAAUUCUAGCCUACAGCAAUUUCUGGAUCAAGAGAAACUGGAAGACCCAAGGUUGUACCACUAUGCCUUGUUUUCAGACAACAUAUUGGCAGCAGCAGUGGUUGUAAACUCGACCAUUUCAAAUGCCAAGGAACCAGAAAACCAUGUUUUCCACAUUGUAACUGAUCGGCUUAAUUAUGCAGCGAUGAGGAUGUGGUUUCUAGCUAAUCCACCAGGCAAAGCUACUAUCCAAGUUCAGAACAUUGAAGAAUUUACAUGGUUAAAUUCAAGCUACAGUCCAGUUCUCAAGCAACUUGGUUCUCCAUCCAUGAUCGAUUAUUACUUCAGGGCUCACAGUGCAAAAUCUGAUUCAAACUUGAAAUUUCGGAAUCCAAAAUACCUAUCCAUCCUAAACCAUCUCCGUUUCUAUCUGCCAGAGGUCUUUCCAAAGCUCAACAAAGUACUGUUCUUAGAUGAUGACAUAGUAGUGAAGAAGGACCUCACUGCCCUGUGGUCACUUGAUCUGAAAGGAAAGGUUAAUGGUGCGGUUGAUACUUGUGAAGAAAGUUUCCACCAGUUUGAUCACUAUCUCAACUUCUCAAAUCCUCUCAUUUCAAAAAAAUUUGAUCCCCAUGCUUGUGGCUGGGCAUAUGGAAUGAAUAUCUUUGAUCUGGAGGAAUGGAAAAGGCAGAACAUAACAGAAGUGUACCACACGUGGCAAAAACUGAAUCAGAACAGACAGCUGUGGAAAUUAGGAACGCUGCCACCUGGACUGAUUACAUUUUGGAACCGCACAUUUUCCCUUGACCGGUCAUGGCAUGUUCUUGGCCUUGGCUACGACCCAAAUGUCGACCAGAAGGAUAUUGAGCAAGCGGCUGUCAUACACUACAAUGGAAACAUGAAACCAUGGCUUGAGAUUGGCAUGCCUAAAUACCGAAGCUACUGGAUCAAAUUCGUUGAUUAUGAUCAAGUAUUUUUGAGAGAAUGCAACAUCAAUCCAUAAUUGACUAAAUGGCUCCAUUAUAGUACAUUCCGGCCUUUUCCCACAUCAAUGUGACAUGGUUUUUUGCAGAUGUGUUACUUUUGGGUUCUUGUUGGAAUCAAAAGCCCUCUUAGUUUGAUUCUUUCUGUGCUCGCCUUCUGAAGCGUGUAAUAGCAGUGUUAGUUCAUGAUAUCUUUCAUCUUGCCGCCAUUGUUACCACCUCAGCAGAAGUGUACAUCUAUUUGUACAUUUGUCAACUGUUAGAGAGUAGAGAUUAAGAGUCACAG